GUCCUUUUCAAUUCCCCUCCUCCCCUUGCAUCAACUCGCUUUUCCCCUCCCAACUCCGAAACAUCCAUUACAAACUUACAGUUACUUUGUUACUCUACCACCAAAAACCAAAUUGCUUUUAUCCGUCCGUCAUUUGAUGAUCAAAUUGCUUGGAUAAAGUUCCUUCCUUCCUACAUCUAAUCACAACGUGCGCCCGCAUUGACCCGGAUUCUUAUCCAUCCAAGCCCACCAUGUCAAGCGGCCUUCCCUAUCUGAACAAGCUGCGCAAGCCGGAGCUGGUCGAGUUUGCAGAGAAGACCGAUCUUCAAGACUUCUCCGACUAUAACAAGAAUGAACUCGCCGUCGCGCUUGACAAGCACUUGAGCAGCAAUCGCGCGAUUUUCUCUGGCGAGAAGACUCUUGCCGAUUAUUAUAAGCGCCUGUCUGCGCCUCCUCGUGGAGGAUCGCCCGUCAAGCGCGAGCCCAAGGUUGACAUCACCCCCACCGUGAAGAAGACGCCGGGCCGCAAGCCCAAUGCGCAAAAGCAAGAGGAAGCAAAUUCGUCCGAUGAGCCCUCUUCAACUCGCCGCACAGCAAAGUCGCCUAAGUCGCCAGUGUCGCCCACCGAGGUGGUGCGCCGGUCUGCGAGCCGCGUUCGUGCGGCCUUCGACGUGCCUCCUUCUCCAGCCGUGGUGACGGACGUGAUUGAUCGGCAGACCACGCGCGUGCGCGAGGGUAUCGAGCAAGCCUGGACCUCAUCGGGUGUCACGGAGCGCACGCACUCCCUGCGCGCCAACCUGAGCAGCCUCUUUGCGAUCGAGGCUCUCGUCGUGCUUGUGGAGGCUUAUACCGUCGUGUCCGACCAGCUGCCCAAUCGCUUCUUAACCACGAUCAAGGCCAACCCUACCCUCCACACUCCCACCAUCCCCGUCAAGGUCCCCGAUCUGUUCCGUCUGGUCACCCCGGGCUUCUGGGGCCCCUUCACCCUCUGGCUUCUCACCAAUCUGAUUCUCCCCCUGAUCGCUGCCUACUUCUUCAACCUGAGUUGGCAUGCUGCCACUGGUGGUGGUGCGCGCCGUGGUCGCUCGGCGGCUUCGUCGAGCACUUUUGACCCACUGACCUUUAACAUCGCCAAGGCGCUCCUAGUAUGGAAGGUGUAUGCCCAGGGGUUCACCUUCUGGGGCACAUACAGCAACCUUGCCCUUGAGAAGGUCAAUACUGCCAUUCCCGGCAACUACUACGGCAUGUGGACCGGUACCGCCAUCGGUGUCAUUGGCGCUCUCUACGAGGCUAUUCUGCGCCGCUCGUAGGCAUAGUCAGGCUUUGCCUUAUGCUGUAUAGGUUGUCUGCUUUGGAUAAUUGCAGACAAGGUUAAGGGACGGUUCGAACGUUGUCGUACUGGAUGAUGUGAAUCUCUUCUUUAUUGUGCGGUUGUUAUUUUCCUCCUCCUUUGCCUUUGCCCCUUGAUUUACUCCACUGGCGCUAGCUUGCACCUCUUUUUGUCCCCCUCUUGGUUGAUAUCCUCGGAAUGUUGAAGGCGUGUCGUGGCUUGUUGUUCCCCUCAUGUUCGGUUAUGGGAUCCCGUGGUCUGUUUCGUUGUGUUACGUGUUUGCGGUUCACGGAUCGAGUCUUUAGUUGUUUUUCUGGGGUAUGCGAUGAUGCCGAUAUGCGACAUUGGCUUGUUUUUUGCUUGUUUAUUCCUGUUUUGAAUUAUUUAUUUUCUUGGUCUCUCUUUUCAGCCAAAGGAGGCGCCCGGGUUUUGGAUUCUUAGUCUGGUUCCGAUUUGGUUUGGUGGUUCAUCCUUUGC